AUGUUGUCGUCCAAUCUAGAUUUUGAGAGUAUUGGCAAGGUCGAAAACUACAUGAAAGGUGCACUGAUUGUAAACGCUACCAUUGAGGCAUGUGAUCCAUUGGACGGGCGUACUUACGGAGUUAUCAAUCGUUCUGAUCUCUGUAAGAUCAACUCCAACUUAACCUCUAUCACUGGCCAAUCAUACGCACGCGCUGCUGAGACCAGCUCUUCUCUUGGUUUCGGUUUCAGCAAGCGUCAAGAUGCAGGUUCUACCACCACCAGUAGCCCUGCCCAAAAUGCUACCAUUAACGAGCAUGAUAUUGCUAUUGCUCAAACCAUCUAUGAUGGUCUCUUCACUCCUAGUGGCAAGCGCGUAUAUCUCUCAUUUCAAAAUGGGGCUGAGCUUGAGGAUGCUGUUACUGAGUAUGACAACACUACUGGCUCCUACACCUACGAAAUCCCAACUACCGGCAGAGUUUUCGUCGCCAAGUUCCUUAAGCAAAUCGAUGAAGACAGUCUUACCACACUCGAGAAUGCUAAUUACGAUAUCUUGUUCGAAUGGAUGGAAGAGGGACUCGCCAAAUAUUACGACACCCUUCAAACUACCUUGCCGGAUAUUUCCGCUUUCACAGACAACGGUGCUAAGCUCCUACAUUAUCACGGAGAAUCUGAUCCAUCAGUUCCAGCUGGCUCUUCUGUCCACUACUAUGACUCUGUCCGCACUACUCUUUACCCAAGCUUCGGAUAUAACGAGUCUGUCGCCAAGCUCGAUGACUUCUAUCGUUUCUUCUAUAUUCCAGGAGCUGCUCACUCCUUGCCGGGUAUUUACCCUGCCAAUAGGCAUAUAGCCGGCCGAAUACCUAAAAAAAUACCCGGGUAUACCCGGGUAAACCCUACUCGGUGCCCAAUCCUGCUCCAACCGGGCCCAUGGCCUAACAAUGUUCUCGCCACUUUGAUUAGCUGGGUCGAAGAUAACGAGGUCCCAGACCGUUUGAACUCCACUGUUACCUUUGGAUCAUACGAUGGUGAGGCUCAAUUGUUGUGCAAGUGGCCAACUCGCCCACUCUGGACUUCUGAGACCACAUUUGACUGUGUUUACGACCAAGCAUCUAUCGACUCUUGGAUUUAUGUCUUCGAUGCCUUUAACCAAACGAUCUACUAG